UUUUCUGCGAACAAUGACACCAAGGGUGCUCCGGGACUCUUGAAGAGCCACACAGGAGGCCAAGGGGGAUCAGGGAACUACAGCUGAGAGGCACUGAGUGGGCCGGGAAGAGUGAGAAAAACCAGUGUAGCAACUCAGAAGAGACGGACAGACAGUCAGACACACAAGGCUAAAAAAAGAGAAAAACAACAGGGUAUUGAGAGGGUUACAGACAGUAAUUUGAAACAUAGACACACACACACAUAAAUAUAUGUGGAGAGAGUGGUGGAAGAACUGUAAGGAGAUACAGACAAGCAGCAAGAGGCAUAGAGAAAGUAACAGAACGAAGGAAUUCAACCACUAACAGAAAAAGGGGAGACGAGACACUGAGGCAAAGCAUUUACUCUGAUGACAUAAACACCGGACAAAGGACAAGUACCUUGAAAACUUUGCAGGAAACUUGAAUGACUGCCACAUUCUUCCCCUGCUGGUGGUUUUAAGAAGCACUUGUGUUUGAGGAUUACUGGGCUGCAGUAUUACUGUUUAUGAGACUGCAUGUCUGAGGAGUUCAGCGUGAGGUUAAGCUGGCCAGCAAGCAGUGAUGGACGUGUUUGGCGGUGCCCCACGCUUCCUGGCAUACCCUCGCCCCCUGGUGGUGCAGAAUGGCACUGACGCCGCGCUGAAGUGUCAGAUCGCUGGGGACCCACGGCCAGCCGUCAUCUGGGAGAGGGCCAAUAAGAAGCUCCACCCUGAUGGACGUUACCGCCUUUUUGAAGACGGCAAUGUCUACAACCUUAUCAUUUCCAGAGUGGGGGCGGAGGACAGUGGGCAGUAUAUCUGCAAGGCCAAAAACAGCAUUGGGGAGACCUACGCCGCAGCUACUCUUAAGGUCGAGGGAGAGGCGCAAGAGAAGGAGUUACGAGAGGAGAACAGGCCUCGCUUCCUCAUCAAGCCUCUCUCAGUUCGAGUCGGCCGAAGUGAAGAUGCCGUCUUCUCCUGCAAGCUGUGGGGCAAGCCCCGGCCGGAGAUCAUCUGGGAGAAGGAUGGCAAGAAACUGAAUGACAUUUUCGAAAGCACUCACUUUAGCAUCGGCCACCAGGACGGGGGCUGGUUCCAGCUGAAGAUCUUCCAGACCCGGGCCCCUGAUGCAGGAAUCUACACCUGCCGGGCCAGGAAUGAGUACGGUGAAGCGCUGGCUGGAGCGGUUUUGUUGGUGGACGCUGGGCCUGGACAUGAGGAGGAGGCAGCAACCCGUAAUGGGUAUGCCAAUGGUCACUGGAAACACCAUCAGGGCAAGCGUGGUUCCAGGUUUAACGGCACUCACAAGAUUGAGGAGCCUUCGCCCAACUCAGCCAAAGUGAAAAUGUUCAAAGUUUCGGAAGGCAAGCAUGCCAAAUUCCGUUGCUAUGUCACAGGGAAACCCAAACCAGAGAUUGUGUGGAGGAAGGAUGGUGUUGUGAUAAUGUCUGGGAGGCGGUAUCUGUUGUAUGAAGAUCGGGAAGGCUACUUCACGCUGAAAGUGCUCUACUGUAAGCAGCAGGACAAUGGGCUUUACGUCUGUGCUGCCUCCAACACGGCAGGACAGACCCUUAGUGCUGUGCAUCUCAACGUCAAAGAGCCGGCAGUGCGGUUCAAGCAGCCCCUGAAUGACGUGGAGGUGCGUGAGCGACAGCUGGCUGUGCUGGAGUGCGAGGUGUCUGUGGACACCGUUCCUACCACCUGGUACCUGGAAGAUCGCCGACUGCAGGCAGGAGCAAAGUAUGGCAUUGAGCAGUGUGGUACAGUGCGCCGACUCACCAUCCGAGAUAUUGGGGCAGAUGAUGAUGGAAUCUAUCUCUGUGAGAUGGCAGAUGGAGGGCGGAGUAUUGCUGAGGUGUCUGUCAGAGGUACAAUUGUGCGCAAGCUUCCCCGGAAGGUGGAUUUAUUAGAAGGGGAGAAUGCUGCUUUCUGCGUGGAGGUUGAGGAGGAAGAGAUGGACAUUCAUUGGUACAAAGAUGGAUUAGAGCUUCGAGAGACGCACCAAACCAUCCUCAAAUCCUUUGGCAAAACCCACAUUCUCGUCUUUGUCAAUGCAACACCCCAAGACUCCGGGAUUGUGACUUUUGUAGUGGGCAGAUCUAAGACUUCUUCCCAGCUCCGUGUCAAGGCGGUCCGGCAGUCUCCACCCAGUUGCCCGGUGGGUGUGCAGAUGAACACGGAGCGUUCGAACUCAGCGUUGCUGUCCUGGGUCCCUGCACACGAUUCACGCAAGAACCCCCCCACAGGGUAUGUGCUGGAGAGGCAGGAGGUGGGCUCCCAGGAGUGGCUGCAGUGCCUGACCACAGACCUAGCCAGUGCGGUAGAAAUCCUGGGCGACAGCGUGCCCGCUGAGGCAGACUACCGGUUCCGCAUCUGCAGCGUUAACAAGUAUGGCAGGAGCGGCCACGUGGAGUUCUCAUCAGUUGUCCACCUAGUGCCUGUGGCUCGGAUAAAAACCCCUCUACAGGAUGUCCUGGUGCCUGAGGGCAAGGAUGCUAAGUUUUCCAUUGAGCUGUCUGCCCUGGUGAUCGGGACCUGGUUUUUAAAUGGUUCCCAAAUCCAGGAGGAUGAGAGGUACACCAUACACCGCUCCCGUACAGAGCAUUCCCUGCUUCUCAAAGCUACGAAUCCGUCUGAUAACAGGUCUGAAAUCACCUUCAUUGCCUACGGAGUGAGGGACUCGGCAAUGCUCUAUGUGCAACCUCCACCAGUGAAGUUUGAGUUUCUACCAGAGAUGGACCGCAACAAAAAAACUGAAGCAGGCAGCCCUGUUGUCCUGUACUGUGAACUCUCAGACGCCAAUGCGCAGGUCCAUUGGUACAAGGAUGGGGUGGAGUUACACACACAAGAAGGAAUUCACGUCCAAUCAGAAGGCACCAUGAGGAGGCUGGUCAUCCAAUCAGCAGAUUUCUCUCAUUCUGGGGAGUACAGGUGUGAUGCCAUUGAUGAUGUCCUCAAAUUUAACGUGGAGGUUGAAGCUCCACGGGUGAAGUUUGCAGCACUUUCGUUGAUGGACCGCCACAAAAGCAUUGAAUCGGGCAGCCCUAUUGAGCUAUGCUGUGAACUGUCCAACCCCAACACUCAGGUCUGCUGGUACAAGGAUGGAAUGGAGCUUCACCCACAGGAUGGGCUUGAUAUCCAAUCAGAGGGCAUCAAGAGGCAGCUGGUCAUCCAAUCAGCAGAGGUCUCCCACUCUGGGGUGUAUAGCUGUGACGCCGUUGAUGAUGUCAUCAAAUUUAACGUGGAUGUUGAAGCUCCACCGGUGAAGUUUGCAGCCCUGUCGGAGAUGGACCGUCACAAAAGCAUUGAAUCAGGCAGCCCCAUUGAGCUGUGCUGUGAACUGUCUAAUCCCAAAACACGGGUCCACUGGUACAAGGAUGGAACGGAGCUCCACCCACAGGAAGGCUUUGACAUCCAAUCAGUGGGAAGCACAAGGAGGCUGGUCAUCCAAUCAGCAGAGGUCUCCCACUCAGGGGUGUACUGUUGUGACGCUGUUGAUGAUGUCAUCAAAUUUAAUGUGGCUGUUGAAGCUCCACCGGUGAAGUUUGCAGCCCUGUCGGAGAUGGACCGUCACAAAAGCAUUGAAUCGGGCAGCCCCAUUGAGCUGUGCUGUGAACUGUCUAAUCCCAACACACGGGUCCACUGGUACAAGGAUGGAGUGGAGCUCCACCCACAGGAAGGCUUUGACAUCCAAUCAGUGGGAAGCACAAGGAGGCUGGUCAUCCAGUCAGCAGAGGUCUCCCACUCGGGGGUGUACAGCUGUGACGCUAUUGAUGAUGUCAUCAAAUUCAAUGUGGAUGUUAAAGCUCCACCGGUGAAGUUUGCAGCCCUGUCAGAGACUGACCGCAACAAAAGCAUUGAAUCGGGCAGCCCCAUUGAGCUGUGCUGUGAACUGUCUAAUCCCAACACACGGGUCCACUGGUACAAGGAUGGAGUGGAGCUCCACCCACAGGAAGGCUUUGACAUCCAAUCAGAGGGAAGCACAAGGAGGUUGAUUAUCCAGUCAGCAGAGGUCUCCCACUCGGGGGUGUACAGCUGUGACGCUGUUGAUGAUGUCAUCAAAUUCAAUGUGGAUGUUAAAGCUCCACCGGUGAAGUUUGCAGCCCUGUCAGAGACUGACCGCAACAAAAGCAUUGAAUCGGGCAGCCCCAUUGAGCUGUGCUGUGAACUGUCUAAUCCCAACACACGGGUCCACUGGUACAAGGAUGGAGUGGAGCUCCACCCACAGAAAGGCUUUGACAUCCAAUCAGAGGGAAGCACAAGGAGGUUGAUUAUCCAAUCAGCAGAGGUCUCCCACUCGGGGGUGUACAGCUGUGAUGCUGUUGAUGAUGUCAUCAAAUUCAAUGUGGAUGUUAAAGCUCCACCGGUGAAGUUUGCAGCCCUGUCAGAGACUGACCGCAACAAAAGCAUUGAAUCGGGCAGCCCCAUUGAGCUGUGCUGUGAACUGUCUAAUCCCAACACACGGGUCCACUGGUACAAGGAUGGAGUGGAGCUCCACUCACAGAAAGGCUUUGACAUCCAAUCAGAGGGAAGCACAAGGAGGUUGAUUAUCCAAUCAGCAGAGGUCUCCCACUCUGGUCUGUACAGCUGUGACGCUGUUGAUGAUGUCAUCAAGUUUAACGUGGACGUUGAAGCUCCUCCUGUGAAAUUUAAUCCACUUCCUGAAGCUGACCUCCACAAAAGCAUUGUCGAGUCCUCUCCCGUGGUGCUGUACUGUGAGGUGUCUCGCCCCGACGCUCCUGUGCGCUGGUACAAGGAUGGAAUUGAAAUCCAACCAAGAGAUGGCAUUACUGUUCAAUCUGACAACACAAUGAGGCGACUGGUUAUCCAAUCAUCAAAUCUCUCCGACUCUGGGGUUUACACCUGCCACGCAGUAGAUGAUGCAGUGAUUUUCAAUGUGAACAUUCGAGAGCCACCUGCGACAGUCGUACAUCCAAGGGAGGACGUCCAUCUGGAGCAUCAGGUUUCCGAACGAAUUGUGUUGAGUUGUGAGCUGUCCCGCUCUAAUGCAGCUGUACACUGGUACAAGGAUGGCCAGGAGCUUUUGGAAAGCGAUGAUGUCAUCCUGGAAUCCGAGGGACCUCACAGGAGGCUGAUCAUCCUCCAGGGACGCACUGAAGAUUCUGGGGAGUACGUUUGUGACACAGCAGACGACUCAAUUUUCUAUCAGGUUACAGUGAUAGAACCUGCAGUCCAGAUCGUGUCCCCCAGCCAGUCCCCCGUGGAGUUAGAAUUCCUCACAGAAGAGUGUGUGGUGCUGAGCUGCGAGGUCUCUCGACCCAAUGCAUAUGUGCGCUGGUACCAGGAUGGACUGGAGUUAGAGGAGACAGAAGACCUCAUCCUGGAGACAGAAGGAGUCCACAGGAGGCUCAUUAUCCCCAAGGCUGCAGUCCAAGACUCUGCUGAAUACAUCUGUGACACAGUUGAUGAUUCAGUGACCUUCAUGGUGAAAAUUACAGAACCGCCAGUGAAGUUUGUGCGGCCUCAUAAAGCCCCAGGGGCUGUGAAAGUUUUCGUGGGAGACCCUGUGGUGCUGGAGUGUGAGGUCUCCCGUUCUAAUGCAGUGGUCAGCUGGCGGAAAGAGGGACAGGAGAUGGAGGACAGCAGAGAGGUCACCAUCGAGGAGAAUGGAGUUCUCCGGCAGCUGAUCAUCCUCUCCCCCAAGCUGGAGGAUUCUGGGAAUUACUAUUGUGACGCCAAAGACGAGACAAUGGAUUUCAGCGUGAAAGUUACUGAGGCACCAGUGCAGAUCAAGCGGAAAGGGGAACUGAAGACUCAGCAGCAGGUUAUGGUUUCAGACGAUGUUGUCCUGGAGUGUGAGCUCUCUAGAGCCAAUGGGACCGUCAAAUGGUACAAGGACGGAGAGAAAAUCACAGACAACGAGCGUGUCUGUUUGGAGGAGGAGGGCGCUUUCCGCUCGCUGGUCAUCCUGAACGCAGAGACCUCAGACUCAGGGGAAUACUUCUGUGAUGCCUGUGACGACAGCGUUGUUUUCCAUGUCUGUGUGAAAGAGUGUCCAGUGACCAUCAUAGGAAAUUCAGACAGCCCUGAGCACCACAGUCUGAUUGCUGGUGAUGACCUUGUGUUGACCUGUGAACUCUCCCGGUCCAACGCCACGGUGGAGUGGUACUGCAACGGGAAGCCCCUGUCCUCAGAAGACUCCCGUAUCUGCAUAGAGACCCUCAGCUCAGUGCGCCAGCUGGUCAUCUCAGACCUUCAACCCUCAGAUUCGGCCGAAUACAUCUGUGAUGCAGGCGAUGACAAAAUGGUUACCACGGUAACUGUAAAAGAGACGCCUGUUCAAAUUCUGAACAAAGAAGAUGCGAAGGAGUCAAUUGAAGUUGUGGAGAAUGACAGCGUGACGCUGUGUGCGCGGGUCUCCAAGGAAGACGCCAUGGUGCAGUGGUUAAAGAACUGGAGGGACAUGAGCGGGGAACGCUACUGCGCAAGCAGUGAUGGGAAGUCCCGCCUCUUCAGCAUUCACAAAGUGCAGCUGUCAGACAGCGGAGUGUACACAUGCGACGCCUUCAGUGAUGAAAUUCAUUUCACCCUGCAGGUCAAAGCGGCUCCCAUCAAGUUUGAACGCAAACAAGAAAAGCCAGAGGAUGUGUUUGCCACAGAAACUGAAAACACCAUCAUGUCAGCAGUGGUGUCAAGUGAUAAAAGUGAGGUGAAGUGGCUCCGUCACCAGAGCCAGAUCUUUGACAGUGAGAAGUACGAGAUGAGGGUGGAGGGCAGAGUUCACAGCCUCAUUGUGAAGAACACGUCCAAGGAAGACAGCGGCAUGUAUACCUGCGUCUCUCAGGAUGAUGAAAUGGCGUUUGUUGUCAGUGUGAAAGAGCUGAAGUUGAAUUUUGUCCGAAGUUUGGAAGAGGUCUACGCUUACAAAGAUGACACGAUCAUUCUACGUUGUGAGCUCUGCAAACCCAAGGGAGAUGUCCAGUGGCAGAAAGAUGGCCAAGAGAUCCUUCCCAGCAGAUAUCUUGUUAUCAAGGCCGACGGUCGCGAGCGCUCACUGACCAUUCACCGUGCUACAGGCAACGACACCGGGGAGUACGUCUGUGAAUCCAAAGAUGACAAGACGUGUGCCAGAGUUACUGUGGAGAUGCCUCGGGUGGUGGAGGUCAUCGCAGAACUGCACAACAUCACUGUGCUGGAAGGGGAAGACGCCACAUUUAAGUGUGUUGUGUCACCAGAAGAUGCCAAAUUGGUGUGGCACAGGAACGGCAAUGUGGUUGUUCCAGAUGAAAAGUUUGUGGUGUCCAGAAAUGGGCUGUGUCACACACUGACCAUCCGGGACUGCCAGCUUACAGACAGCUCCAAGGUGACGGCUGAGGCUGAGGGGGUGGUGUCGAAGGCCAACCUUCAGGUUCAGGAAGCGCAGGUCCUGUUCACAAAGAAGAUGGAAGCCGUGAUUGCAGAGGAGCAUGGGGAAGCCACGCUGGAAGUGGAGGUCAGUCUGGAAUCAGGGGAGGUCCAGUGGAUGAGACAGGGUGUGGUCAUCCAGCCCAGCCCCAAAUUCACACUGAGUGCGAAAGGGAGGAAGCGCAGCCUCACUGUCCGCAACCUCACCUUCUCAGACCAGGGCACCUUCUGCUGUGAGACUCUACAUGACCGGACACAGGGCAAGCUCAACGUGGAGAGCAGGAAAAUCUCAAUCAAGAAAGGCCUGACGGAUACGGAAACGUUAGAGAGGGAGACAGCCUCGUUUGAGGUGGAGGUCUCGCACGUGGAUGUGCAGGGGGUGUGGCAGAAGGACGGGAUCCGUAUCAAACCCAACAAGAACUGGCGAGUCAGCACCCACGGGAGGGUGCACGCACUCACCCUGUCCAAUCUCACACUGGAGGACAGCGGCACCGUCACCUUCAGUGCAGAGAGCGUGAGAACAUCAGCGAGACUCACUGUGAAAGAACCCCCAGUGAUGUUCCUGAGAGCGCUUGAGCAUCUCCGGAUACCUGAAAGCUCUGGAGCAUCGUUUGAGUGUGAGCUGUCCAGGCAGAAUGCAGAUGUUAAGUGGUUAAAGAACGGACAGGAGCUGAAACCAGGGAAGAACUAUCGCAUCUACUCAAUGGGGAGAAAGCGGUUUCUCCAGAUAAUCAAGUGCAAGAUCGUAGAUUCAGGGACUUACACCUGCGACGCUGUGGACAGCAAAGUGACUGCUGUCUUGGACGUCUACGAGCGGGAGGUGGAGAUAGUGCAAGGACUGCAGGAUGCUGCUAUCCAAGAAGAUGAAAACGCUGUGUUUAUGUGUGAGGUGUCAGUGGAGGAUGUGAAAGGAGAGUGGCUCAGAAACGGGGAGAAAAUCAGGCCCACCAGCACCGUCAGAAUUCGGCAGGAAGGGAAUAAGCAUUUCCUCCUGAUUUGCAAUGUGAAGACAGAGGAUUCUGGGAAGAUUACAUUUAUUGCUAAACAAGCAGAAUCCACAGCCAACCUGGAAGUGGAAGAGCUCCCAGUGCAGAUUGUGAAGCCCCUGCGUGAUAAGACCGCCUUGGAGAAGCACCGUGUGAUCCUGGAGUGCACCGUGUCGAACCCGCGCUGCAGUGUGCGCUGGUACCAAGGAGAGACCCUCAUCCUGCCCUCAGACCACUAUGAGAUCUGCAGCGAGGGCUGCUACCGCAAAUUGGUCAUCCAGCAGGUCACUGCCAUGGACGAGGGGACUUACAGUGUCCAGGUUGGGAAGCAUGAGUCCUCUGCGCGCCUGUUAGUGGAAGGUUGAUCGUACCUAAAUGGACUAGAGAAGGAAAAGAAAAUACAGAAAACCUGGAGUUUCUCAUGAUUACUACUAGAAUUUAUUUAACUUAUUUAAAUAUUUUUUGUUUUGGGGAGGGGGUGUCAAGGUUUGCUCUAAUUUUUGAGUCCAUGUAUUUUGUAUGAUUAUCGCCUUGUGUUUCAGGCACAUUGUAAAGGUGGGGGAAAGGGAAAGGUAUGUGAUGCCAGUACAAUAAAGGUUGUGACAAAAGCUUGGAAUGCAGGUAGCAAAAAAUAAAAGUGGUAACUAUCCAUGUGUACAUCUUCUGUAGUGAGAGAAAAAACUGUUUUCUAAAGAUGGCUUUUCUUCAAAACAAAACCGUGUUGAUAUUUUUGAAGGUAAGGGGCCCUCGUGGGUUGUGAAAAAUAUCCACUCAUAACUUUAGAGAGUCCAUUUACAGUAUGAAAUACCAAGAAUGCUUUGAAAUUGAUAAGAUUGCAACAUGACUGUCAAGGCACUGCUACAAUAAACUGCUGGCUAAAAUUUAAAAUAAAUGUUUGUUUAACAAAUUCCAUCUUGACACUCCUGAAGCUCUAAUCCGGUUUUUACUCCUUGACUAACAGGCAAGUGCUCCUUGUUGCUUUCACAAUAGAGAACUUGUCAAAAACUCUUAAUGCAGUACAAAAAGAAUUAGUUUACACAUUCAAUACUGUACUAUAGUGUAGUGGCAUUAUGAGGCAAAUGGAAGCCAGUCAUGUUGCCUUAUACAGCAAAUGGUUCAGAGCUAUAAAGAACUGCCAUUUAAUGGGGCAGUACAGCAGUUCAUGAUUAAUUAAAUGUUAAGGUUUAUCGUGAAUGUGUGUGGAACAUUCUGCUUCGUUUGAAUUCAGUUUAUGUUAUCUCAUACACCAUUACUUUUUAUUAACACUGUGUUCUCACUUUACUGUAGCUAUUAACAAUAUUCGUUUCCUUCUCGUUGAUAUUUUAUGUUUGUAAUUUAUUACCUAGGAAAGGAUUUCUUAGUUCCUACUGGUGUGAGUUCUUCUUUUCAACCCCUUGCUCUUUGACCUCUGUCUUCUGUGAAUCACUUCCCCCACCCUCCGCUCUUUUUUGUUGGCCGGAGCUGGAUUCUCUAAAUAAAGCAGCCGAAUACGAAAGAACUGCCUUCUGUUAUUUAACUUGUACAAACAAUCAAAAUACAAUGAAACCUGAAUUAAGAGGCCACCAGAGGCACUGUGCAUGUGUGGCUGCUUAAAACAAAUCUGUCAAGAACCUCUUAACAGCUUUUAAAUAAAGAUUCUACAACU